CUUAAUGUGUCCUAAGAUGAAACAUCUUUUGGUUGGCAAGAUGUUAAAUGAUGUAACAGACCUAGUGGUUUUACUGCUGAAGUGUACAGUGUACUCCUGACCUGGUUACAUGGCUGUAGAAUAUGUUAAACAGAUUUAGUUUAAGUUGAUUAUUAAAGUAUGUUCUGUCAUUUCUGUCUAUGAUAGACUUGUUUAUAUUGGGUUUGCCUUGUAUUGGAUUGUCACCAAUCUUUUUUAACUGUUAACUAAAUUGAAAGUACUAUGAACUGUCUCAGUCACCUCGUUUCUUGAGUAUAUUGUACUUAUUCCCAGAGUAGUUUGUUGAGCUAAGUAUGCCAGAUUUAAACAGCAUGCUGAUAAUUCAAGAGAGGUGUGUAUUUGAUAAGGAAUAGUGUAAAUGAUCUAAAGAAAACAACAUACUAACACUUUUAUAAACAAAGUAGCUUUUUUUUGGUAACCUGUCAAUCUACAAAGUCACAAAGAUACAACAAUGUAGCAAGCCUGAGCCCCUUGAGAAACAGUUUUACCAUGUGGAAAGGAAUACUAGGUAAAGUUUGUAUUUUUCCCUCAUUCACAUUGUACCUAUCUAGGAACUAAUUUUUACUUUCUGGUACAUGUUAAAUUCAGGCAUUGAUCUAAAUGUUGAAAUAAAAUGGUUUUGGGGGAGCUUCAAGUCUGAUGAAACAAUGUAAAAUCAGUAAGAAGUAUGUAAUACAGGUCAGGCAAGGUGUUACCAAUAAUCUUUGCUAUAGGAGGCUGACCCUGGAGGACUUUUUAGGCUAUUCUGCAAUUUUGGGAGAACUCAUUUCAACCAACAAUGAAGUGCAAGAUGCUAAUAGGCCUUUGAUGAUAAAGGCAAAACUGAAAAUACUAGGCUUGAAAAAGAAAAAUCCUAUUGGAAAAAGCCUUUUUUUCCCCCUGCUUGGGAAAAAAGUGUCCCUUUACUGUUUUUCCACUUAGUAGUACACGUUUGCAGUAAAUAAUGGUUACAUUCAUGGUGGGAAGUUAGUAUGCGGCCAUAACACAUCCAGAUUAUCUCACUGCCCUUGACCUUUUGGUUGCCCUUUUGCCAAAGUUACCCGUUUUAUAAUUCCUAUCUUUAAAGUGUCCCUUUAAAAGUAUUUGUUUUCUGGUCUAAAUUGGAACUUUUGAGUUCUGGCUACCCAGAAGUCCUUGGCCCAGAAAGAAAAAAACAAUGUCUCUCCUAGUUUUAAAAAAAAUAAGUUUCCUGGUAAAAAAUUUAGCUUUGGCCAGGAAGACAACAGUGCCCACCAAGAGAGCAAAACAAUUCAAAGUACUCUACUGUUUUCUGAAGCUUUCACACUUCAGUGUGUUGUACAAACUUGAGUGGAGAGGUAUUUCCACGACUAAGGUUUUCUUUAGUAGUUACUUGCCAUAAAAUCGUACCUGUACGGUUUUAAUCUCAACCGUUGAUAAGGCUGGCUUGCCACUUACAUCAGCGAUGUCAAACCUUUUAGGGCCUUUGACAAGUUCACCGUCACUGACCCACCAGCUUCUGGGAGGUUUGCGUGUUAUCUACUCACUGCCUGUUCCUUUGGGGGGGGGGGGAGAGGUGCAGCUCCAUCUUCUAAUUUCUUCUUUAGAAGUCUGCCUGAACAAUCCCCAACACAGCCCAAGCCAGGUGGUUUUUUCAGCCUCUCGUACACCUGCUAUCCUCACCCUUGAUUACAAGGGUCAAAGGGCCUCAUGAACAAUGUAAACUAGGGUGUCUAAAGUGAAGGUAGGCAGCCCUUGGACGAGGAAGCCCAGAAUUUUCCAGCUUCAACCAAGCAACGCCACUGUCGGAAGCGCCAGGAGCAAAGCCCCCUCCCCCUCGCCAUGAUCACAGCCAAUGCAAAGCGCGGGGAGGGCCGCCGCUCCCGCCCCCUAAAAAUCGGUUAGGACCCUCAGUGCGCAUUCAAAAAAUGCAAGUUCAAGUCGGGUCGGUCUCUGGUGCUCCUAAAUAUAUUGAGUGUAAAGUGGAGAUGUUUUUUUCUAAAUUUAUGUAAAAGAUACGCAAGCUUACGUUGAGCACAUAAAAAUAAACGAAGCCAAAGAGAGCUAGGUACUGCUUCCAACCUUUCCAACGCGAUUGCCUUUUUUGUAGAAGAUAAUCUAUGCCGAUCAUUACGGGAACUACCUGAUUAUUCCUUGGGUAAUUUGGAGCAAUUGGUUUAUAUUCAGAAAUAACCAACAUUGAGGGGUUUAAGUUUUUUUUUUUUUUUUGAGGGGUGAAAUUUUAUAACGUUUGUUAACUGAAUCAUCUAUCUCUGCUCUGCAAAUGGGGCUUUGGUUCAGGGUCCAAUUCGCUAAUGCCUGAAAAUCUGACGCUUACGAAUUUAUUUCCUCUCGAGGUGUCUCGGAUGGGCUAACAACUGCCCACCACCUCUCACACGUGGCUCUCUAGAGAGCGUGGGAAAAGGGAAAAAUAAAAAGGAAACUGCCAGGACUUAAGAUGUCUACUCAACGACCCUUCCAUCUCCAGGGACAGGACUACCCGUUUCCAAAAUGUCCGUCCGCAGUACUGACGUCACUCUAUGGGCUCACUGCAGGCCGAAAGCGAGAGCGCUCCAAUCAAGGCUCAGCCUCCACCCUUGGCUUGCGUCACUUCCGGUGGUGCAGCAGCCAUUUUGUCAGUCGCCAGCGGAUCCCGCGCGCUGGAGAAGUGCAGUUCCCCCUGGUUACCAAUCUGUCCGUUCUCCCUCCGCGGCGCGGGGGACCCUUGAAGAGCUCUCUCCAGAGGGGAAGCAGUACCGCCUCACAGUGCCUCCGCUAGCCUUACAUCUGCCAGGAGCUACAGCGCUGUCUUCCUCCUCCACCUCUGACAGGCGCCCUCGGGGAGCCGCUGUCCGCGAUGUCAAGUGAGGAGAGCUACCGGGCCAUUCUGCGUUACCUGACGAACGAGCGCGAGCCGUACGCGCCCGGCACCGAAGGCAAUGUCAAGCGAAAAAUCCGCAAGGCCGCCGCCUGCUACGUGGUGCGCGGCGGGACUCUGUACUACCAACGGCGGCAGCGGCACCGCAAGACCUUUGCGGAGCUGGAGGUGGUGCUGCAGCCGGAGCGGCGCCGGGGCCUGAUCGAGGCGGCGCACUUGGGCCCCGGCGGCACCCACCACACGCGGCACCAGACCUGGCACGACCUUUCCAAGACGUACUGGUGGAGAGGUAUAUUAAAGCAAGUCAAAGAUUAUAUUAAACAGUGCAGCAAAUGCCAGGAAAAAUUAGAUCGCUCCCGUCCAAUAUCAGAUACUUCAGAAAUGUUGGAAGAAUUGGGCCUAGACCUCGAAUCUGGAGAAGAAAGUAAUGAAUCAGAGGACGAUCUGAGCAACUUUACUUCACCUCCAGCCACAGCCUCCAAGUCUUCGAAAAAGAAGCCAGUGUCCAAACAUGAACUUGUAUUUGUUGACACCAAAGGAGUGGUAAAACGUUCUUCUCCAAAACAUUGUCAGGCUGUUUUGAAACAGCUGAACGAACAAAGACUUUCCAACCAGUUCUGUGAUGUUACUUUGUUGAUUGAAGGAGAAGAGUACAAAGCUCAUAAAUCUGUUUUGUCAGCUAAUAGCGAGUAUUUUCGAGACCUUUUUAUUGAGAAAGGAGCUAUUUCCAGUCAUGAGGCUGUGGUAGAUCUUUCAGGUUUUUGUAAAGCAAGUUUUCUUCCUUUGCUGGAAUUUGCCUAUACUUCUGUACUGAGUUUUGACUUCUGUAGCAUGGCUGACGUAGCCAUCUUAGCUCGUCAUCUUUUUAUGUCAGAAGUUUUAGAAAUUUGUGAAAGUGUACAUAAACUAAUGGAAGAGAAACAGCUUACAGUGUAUAAGAAGGGUGAGGUACAAACAGUUGCAUCUACCCAAGACUUACCAGAACAUCCUGGAGGUACAGCCCCUCCUGCAGCCAGUAGUGAGGGAACCACAACAACUUUGUCUAAUGAACUUGGAGACUGUGAAAUUGUGCUCCUGGUAAAUGGAGACUUGCCAGAAACCGAACAGAAUGAAGAGUUAGGACAACAGCCUGAGCCCCAGGUCUCUUCAGAGCCAGAAGCUCCUCUGUCAUCUGUAGAAUGUAUAAAUAAUUCUCAUCCAGAAAUAGAGUCUGUUGAUUUAAUAACAAAAAACAACCAGCCAGAGCCGGAAACUUCAAAUGUUGAAGAAGAUGCCACAGGUUCUAAUAGUAAUCCUAAACUUUCAAAAGAUACUAUAAUCAUUAGCUCUCAAGAGAAUAGUGACAUGGAAAAUGAUGCAUCAACUGAAGAUGUAUGUAUUGAAGAUACCUCAGAACAUAGGGAGAACCUUAGCGAACCUUUAAAAGAUCAGGAAAAUCUAGUUGCACCAAUAGCAAAGACAGACUCAAACCUUGAUGAUACUUACAGAAGUAGGCUUCGUCAGCGGUCUGUCAAUGAAGGGGGAUAUAUCCGACUACACAAGGGGAUGGAGAAAAAGCUACAGAAACGGAAAACCAUUCCCAAGUCAGCAGUUCAACAGGUGGCCCAGAAAUUAGUUCAAAGAGGGAAAAAGUUGAAACAGCCAAAAAGGGAUGCAAAGGAGAACACUGAAGAAGCAUCCCAUAAAUGUGGGGAAUGUGGAAUGGUCUUUCAGAGACGAUACGCCUUUAUAAUGCACACACUGAAACAUGAGCGAGCUAGAGAUUACAAAUGUCCAUUGUGUAAGAAACAGUUUCAGUAUAGUGCUUCACUGCGGGCACACCUGAUUCGACAUACCAGAAAAGAUGCACCCUCUUCAUCCUCGGCCAAUUCCACAUCCAAUGAAGCAUCGGGAACCUCAUCGGAGAAGGGCAGAACCAAACGAGAAUUUAUUUGUUCCAUAUGUGGAAGGACAUUGCCUAAGUUAUAUUCCCUCCGAAUACAUAUGUUGAAGCACACAGGUGUAAAGCCACAUGCAUGCCAGGUCUGUGGAAAGACUUUUAUCUAUAAACAUGGUCUAAAAUUACAUCAGAGCCUCCAUCAAUCACAAAAGCAGUUCCAGUGUGAACUGUGUGUUAAGUCAUUUGUUACCAAACGCAGCCUUCAAGAACAUAUGAGUAUUCAUACAGGCGAGUCAAAGUACUUUUGCUCUGUUUGCGGAAAGUCUUUUCACAGGGGUUCUGGACUCAGCAAACACUUAAAGAAACACCAGCCAAAGCCGGAGGUUCGAGGCUAUCACUGUACUCAAUGUGAAAAAAGCUUUUUUGAAGCAAGAGAUCUUCGCCAGCACAUGAACAAACAUCUUGGUGUGAAGCCAUUCCAGUGCCAAUUUUGUGAUAAGUGCUAUAGUUGGAAGAAAGACUGGUAUUCCCAUGUGAAGUCUCAUUCUGUCACUGAGCCUUAUAGGUGUAAUGUAUGUGGCAAAGAAUUUUAUGAAAAAGCUUUGUUCAGGAGGCAUGUAAAGAAAGCCACACAUGGGAAGAAAGGAAGAGCAAAGCAAAACCUGGAGCGAGUGUGUGAACAGUGUGGAAGGAAAUUCACUCAACUGAGAGAGUAUAGGAGACAUAUGAACAACCACGAGGGAGUGAAGCCGUUUGAGUGCUUAACAUGUGGAGUAGCUUGGGCUGAUGCCCGGUCCCUAAAACGCCACGUUCGAACACAUACUGGAGAACGGCCCUACGUCUGUCCUGUGUGCAGUCAGGCCUACAUAGAUGCUCGAACACUCCGUAAGCAUAUGACUAAAUUCCAUACGGACUAUGUGCCUUGCAAAAUUAUGCUGGAGAAAGACACCCUCCAGUUUCAUAACCAAGGAACUCAAGUGGAACAUGCUGUUAGCAUCUUAACCGCAGACAUGCAGGAACAAGAAAGCAGCGGUCCUCAAGAACUUGAGACUGUGGUGGUCACAGGAGAAACGAUGGAAGUUCUUGAAGCUGUUGCCGCUACUGAAGAGUGUCCUUCGGUCUCUACGCUUUCUGACCAAAGUAUUAUGCAAGUGGUUAAUUAUGUGUUGGCACAACAGCAAGGACAGAAGCUGUCUGAAGUUGCAGAAGCUAUUCAGACUGUUGAAGUCGAAGUGGCACAUAUUUCAGAAGCAGAAUGAAUACAGUAAUGAUAAAAAGAAGAAAAAUCUCGUGUAAGUUGAACUCACGGAACGUUUGUUUACAAUUCCUUGUGACUAUCUCCUUAGAGUUUCUAUGUCAGGCUCUGGACUAUCAGUGACUUUUGUAAACUGUGUAGACAAUGAGUUCUGUAGGAAAAUAUGUUUACUGUAAAGAAAUUAAAAACAAAUCUAUUUGAAGGGUAGUGGUUUAUCAUGGUAUGCCUUUUAUGAAUUCAUGUUUAUAAAUGGCUGUACUAAGUCUAAAGCUGUGUAGUUUCACUUUUGACAUUAUAUAUUUGAGUUUAAAAAGCUGUACCCGUUGAAUGCUUUUCUUUUGUUUUAUUCUCAAACUGUAGAGGUUCUGUGAUUUCAGUUGCCCUGUUUAUAAAAGUCUAAUAUAAACCACUUCAGUAGAAUACAUAGGUAUAUUAUAGUUUGAAUGCUUCAGUCCUGGUGAUUCUUGACUAUUUAUUUUAACCCCUUCUGAGUCAGGGAUUCUGUAUUUUAAAGCACUUAAUGAGUUAAAUGUUGUAAUCAAGUUUGCACAAUAAAUCUAUAUGGGAAAUUCAAAUGAAUAGCUAAUUUUUAAUACCAUUAAAAUGCAUGAAAUGCCUAUUAAAGCCUUACUGUACUAUCUCUUCAAGGCGAGUAAUUGACCAUGAGAAAAGGAGCAGUUAUGAAACAUUGUUGGAAAAUUAAAAUCUUAAUUUUUUUACAGGAAAAUGAACAAGUUAGGUUUGGUGUGUUUUCAGUUCAUAUCAUGUUUAAUUUUGUUUAAAAACUACAGUUGAAAAUAGGAUAGCAGUAUUGACAUCUACAGCAGUCUUGUGGAUACUAUAAAAUUAUCAAGUAAUUUCAGAAUUUUGAAAAUUCUUAAGUGUGGCCCUCAUUAUACUAAAUGAAUUAUGGUCCAGCCAAAUUUUUGAACAUAUUUUGAAGUUACCUAAAAACAAAAUUACAUUAAUUCAUGUGUUUGAUUUUUAAGUUUGCACCUAUUCAAGCUAUCCAAUUUUCUGAUUUUCAAAAUAACUAUGGGGAGAUGCCACAUUUCUCUCUAGGAAACUACUACUUAAACUGUUAACUGUUAAGAUUUUCUUUUUUCUUCCUUUUUUUCUUUUUUUUUUUUGUGGGUACCGGGAAUCAAACUCAGGACCUUGUGCCUGCCAAGGUGCUGUGUCACUGAGCAAUAUCCCCGGCUAUAAUUGUUAAAAUUAAGUUUUUAGCUAUUAAAAGCUGUUAUAGGAUAUAAAAUUAAGAUUUAAGGAGAUCUUAUGUAAGUCAUUCCUGAAGCACAAGAAAAGAAUGUGCCUUGAUGUACAUAUAUUAAGAUGCUUAUUCCUGUUUACUUUAAAAGUGGCUUUAAUAAAGGAUAAAGAAUAAAUGCAAUAGCUGUGCAUGCAUUAUACUUGCAUACGUAUAAUAUUUGCAUUUGCAAAUUUUCUCUUGUUUUGAUAGCUAUGUGGCUGACUUUCAAUUUUAAGUGAACCAAUAUACAGCCCAUAACUUUAAAUGGCUGCUUGUUUAUUGUAUCUUUCAGUUAGUGAAAAAAUAUUACAACCUAAAAUUGGAGAUUGUCUUUAUAUGUUCCAUUUUCACCAUUGUUAUUAGAUUUAAAUGUAUAAGAACAUUAAUGUAUGUCAUAAAUAUGUAAAUAAAUGAUGUUGAAUCUUGUUUAAAAGCCUAA